AUGAACACCCUUCCACAGACACAGAACAUCAUGCAGUUGUACUACACCAAUCCCUGGCUCCAAGAGUCGAGUUCCCUCGUGAAAUUGAGUCUUAUUGCUCUUAGCAUUGUAAUAGGGUAUAGACUGCAGAAGUUGGUCUUCUCCCCUCACCUGCAAGCUCCGCUUGUAGGCUUUCGCUCUCCCUGGGAGCCGCGCUGGCUUGCCGGCCUUCGGUUCUCGAAGGAGGCCCUCCAUCGUAUCCAGCAGGGAUGUCGACAAUAUAAAGGUGGCAUGUUCAGGAUAGCACGCGUCGACACCGAGAUCCUGGUCAUUCCCAACCGGUUUGUUGACGAACUACACUCCAAGCCAGAUGAGCAGCUCAGUGCGAUCAAGGCACAUAUGAAGAACCUUCUCGGCAGGUAUUCGACCAUCGACAUCCUGGAUGAAGGCAUCCUACACACCCACGCUUUACAGAGUGAACUGACCCCCCGUCUUGGGAAUCUCAUUCACGCUGUCAAAUCCGAGCUGGACUUUGCACUCGCGCGUGAGCUGCCCAGCAAUCUCACCGUCGACGACUGGACUCCUGUUUGUAUCUACGAUGUCAUUCUCCGCAUCGUCGCUCGCGUCUCCGCACGGAUCUUCGUCGGGAUUCCCACCUGUCGUAACGAGGAAUGGCUCAAUCUUUCUAUUCGCUUUACUGGGGACGUUUUCCUCACCAUGGCCAUCCUCCGCCGCUUUCCACGCUGGAUGCGCCCGCUCAUCGCUCCUAUUAUUCCUGGCUACUGGUCUAUUCGCCGUGGUCUCGGUACGGCAAACAGAAUCAUUGGCUCUCUGGUUCGCGAACGACGUGCUCAGCAAGCCGGGAACCCAGGCAAUGAGAAACCGGCUGAUCUACUCCAGUGGAUGAUGGAUAAAGCUAACCCGGCUGAUGCCCGGCCCGAGAAACUCGCACACCGUCAGCUCAUCCUCAGUCUUGCAGCCAUCCAUACAACCACCGCCUCGGCAACUCAGGCUGUAUACGAUCUCUGUGUCCAUGGAGACUAUGUUGACCCCUUGCGUUGUGAGGUCCUCCAGGCCGUCGCAGAAGAUGGCGGUGAAUACAGGAAGACGACUCUGACCAAGAUGUGGGACCUCGACAGCUUCAUCAAGGAGGUUCAGCGCUUGAAUCCGCCAGCUCUACUGAGCUUCCAACGCAUCGUCAUGCGCGAUCUCACCCUAUCAGACGGCACGAUUCUCCCCAAAGGGACGCAUCUCGCGGUACCAGCUGCAGAUAUUACAAAUGAAGCAGAUUAUGACCAAGAAUUCGACGGAUAUCGCUACUCACGACGGCGUAGGGCCCACCCUGCUGAAGCACACAGACAUCAGUUUGCCACCACAGACCGAACAAGUCUUCACUUCGGCCAUGGGAAGUAUGCUUGUCCGGGUAGGUUCUUUGCUGCCAACGAGAUCAAGAUGAUCCUGGCACAUUUGCUGGUCGGUUAUGAAUUCCGCUUGCCUGAUGGAAAGUCCCGACCGGAAAAUACGAUGAUCGAUGAGGAAACAUAA